AUGCUGCUGGCUCUGCUCGCCUCACUCCUGCCUGUGCUCCUGGCACCGGGAGAAGCCAGGCAGAGGGGGGCACUCCCAGCCCACAGCGGCCCGGAGCCACCUCUGCAGCGGCUGUCUCGGCACCUCCUGGCCAGAUACCAGAAGGGCGUGCGACCCGUGCGGGACUGGAGGACGCCCACCACCGUGUCCAUCGACGUCAUCAUCUACGCCAUCCUGAACGUGGACGAGAAGAACCAGGUGCUGACCACCUACAUCUGGUACCGCCAGUUCUGGACGGAUGAGUUUCUCCAGUGGCAGCCCGAGGACUUCGACAACAUCACCAAGCUGUCCAUCCCCACGCACAGCAUCUGGGUCCCCGACAUUCUCAUCAACGAGUUCGUGGAUGUGGGCAAGUCCCCAGAGAUUCCAUACGUGUACGUCCAGCAUCAAGGUCAGGUGAUGAACUACAAGCCUCUGCAGGUGGUGACCGCCUGCAGCCUGGACAUCUACAACUUCCCCUUUGACGUGCAGAACUGCUCGCUGACCUUCACCAGCUGGCUACACACCAUCCAGGACAUCAACAUCUCUCUGUGGCGCCUUCCGGAAAAGGUGAAGUCAGAUAAGAGCAUCUUCAUGAACCAGGGCGAGUGGGAGCUUCUCUCGGUGCUCACCCAGUUUCGGGAGUUCAGCAUUGAAGGCAGCGACACCUAUGCAGAAAUGAAGUUCUAUGUGGUCAUCCGCCGGCGUCCCCUUUUCUACGUGGUCAGCCUGUUGAUGCCAAGCAUCUUCCUCAUGGUCAUGGACAUCGUGGGCUUCUACCUGCCCCCGAACAGCGGCGAGAGGGUGUCCUUCAAGAUCACCCUGCUCCUGGGCUACUCCGUGUUCCUCAUCAUUGUGUCCGACACACUGCCGGCCACGGCCAUCGGCACCCCACUCAUCGGCGUCUACUUCGUGGUGUGCAUGGCCCUGCUGGUGAUCAGCCUGGCCGAGACCAUCCUCAUCGUGCGGCUGGUGCACAAGCAGGACCUGCAGCGCCCAGUGCCCGCUUGGCUGCGCCACCUCGUCCUUGACCGCGUGUCCCGGCUGCUGUGCCUCGGGGAGCAGCCUCCACCCCCUGCCACCUCCCCCCGUGCAUGUGCAGAUGGGAGCCACUGCAGCCCUCCGGGCGCACCCUGUGAGCUGGAGAAGCCUCCGCGGGCCAGCGGCAGCCCGUCCCCACCACCACGGGCUGCCUCACUGGCCGUGCGUGGGCUGCUGCAGGAACUGACCGCCAUCCGCCUCUACUUGGAGCGGCGGGAUGAGAGUCGCGAGGUGGCCCGGGACUGGCUGCGGGUGGGCUCCGUGCUGGACAGGCUGCUCUUCCGCGUCUACCUGCUGGCUGUGCUGGCCUACAGUGCCACGCUCAUCUCGCUCUGGUCCAUCUGGCAGUACUGCUGA